UCUCAGCCGUGACCGCCAUGCUCUUGUUCAUCAGUUGUCUUGCCCUUGUGGCUUCUGCUUUGGGGUGUGGAAGGCCCUCUAUCCAACCCCAGGUGAGCAGAUACAACAAGAUUGUAAAUGGGGAGAAUGCAGUGUCCGGGUCCUGGCCCUGGCAGGUUUCACUUCAGGAUAGCAGAGGAUUCCACUUCUGCGGAGGAUCCUUGAUCAGCCCGUACUGGGUCGUCACUGCCGCUCACUGCACUGUGUCUCCCAGAAACCACCGCGUCAUCCUGGGAGAACAUGAUCGUCAAUCCAACAGUGAGCAAAUUCAGGUCAAGACCAUAACCAGGGCCAUCACUCACCCCUACUACAACCGCCAGAACUUCAACAAUGACAUCACCCUUCUGAGGCUGUCCUCCCCAGUGCAGAUGACCUCCCGUGUGGGCGCCGUGUGCCUGGCCUCCUCCAGCACCAACAUCCCCUCUGGAACCCAGUGUGUCACCACUGGAUGGGGCAAGACUGGUCAAACCUCAAGCCCCCGGUACCUCCAGCAGACUUCCCUGCCCCUCCUCAGCCCGGCUCAGUGCAAACAGUACUGGGGUUACAACAGAAUCACCGAUGCCAUGAUCUGUGCUGGUGCUUCCGGAGUGUCGUCCUGUCAGGGCGACUCUGGUGGACCCCUGGUUUGUCAGAACAGUGGCGCAUGGUCCCUUGUGGGUAUCGUCUCCUGGGGGACGUCCAACUGCAACGUGCGCACGCCUGCCGUGUACGCCCGCGUGUCCUACCUGCGCAGCUGGAUCGACCAGACCGUUGCUUCCAACUAAAGCCAUCGUUCAACACUUCUGCUCCUCUCUGGGAUUCUUCACAGAAUUCCUCCCUGUAGAAUUUGAAUGGCAGUGAAAAAAUCAACUGCACUUGUGAGAAACCAGGCUGAAAAUAUAACUUUAAAAACUAAA